AUGACACAAACGUGCUCCGUUCACUCGGAAACCGGAAAUCAGAAUGAAGGUAAUAAUUGCAUCAAUAUGAAAUUUGAACAUGGCUGCGCAAGUGAACAAAUAACAUAAUCUUAAACUUUUUAUUACCUUAUCCUUAACUAAUUCAACAAAUUGAUUUAAUAAUCGUAUAUAUUUGAUAAAUAGGAGAAAUAAUUAUAUCAUAAAAAAUUUUAUUUAAAAUUGCCAUGUAUAUGUAUACUUUUUUUAAGUAUAAAUUCAUCAUAAGAAAUUCUAUUUAUAAUUGCCAUAUAUAAUACUUUUUUUAAGUAUAAAUUAAAAAUCAAAGAUACAUAUAAGGAUAAUUUUUCUAAAAUAUCUGAUAUAAUUUAACCGGAACUGAAAAUAAAAUUUUCAUUAAAAUUGGCGUGAUUUUAUUAAACCCAUAUUUUUCCCCUAUAAUAAGUUGCCAUUAUUUUGUUACUUUAUUUUUAAUGAAAAUUUUUAUCGUAUAAUUUUUUAAAUAUAAUAUGUGUAACAUCUACAUUAUUGUAUUUUUAUAUUAUUAUAUAAAAUAAUGGAAAUGUUUUAUCCCAGAAUAUAAUGAUUUUAGAUCCUUAUGUUGGCAAACAGAUAAAAAGUGAAAGUAAUAAAGUUGGCUACAUCCUCUAGUACUUUACUCCCUUCCGGUUCGCUCUUUCAGGGUGACUGAGUCUUAUUUAGUUUAGCUGCAAUCAAAUCUUUCUCCAUCUUCCAGCAUGAAGAUCUAUAAAGAUAUUUUCACCGGUAUGUAAAUCUAGAAUAUCUUCAAAAAAUGCGUGUGAUGAAUAUUUUUCAAAUUUUUUUUUUAUAUUGAAAAAUAAAAUUUGCUUGAUUGAAGACGGGUUUGCAGUGACGUUUCUAUCACGAGGAUCGAAAUUUUAAUACUAAUAGUUAUAAAAUAUUUCUUGACUGCGGUUUUAACUGUUUAAAUAUACAAAUAUUUCGUUAAACAUGCUUUUAUCAUGUUUAUGCUAUUAAAGAAAUAUUUUACUGCCCGAAUAACUAAUAUUCUAAUUUAUAACCUCUCCAUAUGUUCGAAAUGACUCAUUUCGACGAAAAAAUGACAUAAUUUGCACUAUUUGUGUAACAUAUUUUAACAAAGAUGAAAGAUCAUUAUUUUAAGUCAAUUUUUUGGCUGCCACAAAAUAAUUAUUUAAAAAAUUUUGCAAUUUGUAUAAAAUUUGUGAAAUUAAAUAGUAAUAGAAGAUUUUACAUAAUUAUAGAACAUAUUUUGCAACAUUGAAAUUUAUAUUUAUUCUAAUUUAUAUUCCAGGUGAUGAGAUGUUCUCAGACACCUAUAAAAUAAAGUUGAUUGAUGACGUUUUAUAUGAAGUAUAUGGCAAGGUACAGUGUUUUCUCUUAGUUUUAAGUUAUGUUAUCUGAAUAUUUAUUCAUAUUAUAUUCAUUGUAUCCUUGCUCAUAUUUUCUUUCUCUUUUUAAUAAUUAGGUAAUUACUCGCAAAUCAGGUGACAUUGAAAUUGCUGGGUUUAAUCCAUCUGCUGAAGAAGCUGAUGAAGGAACAGACGAAGCAGUGGAAUCUGGUGUUGAUGUAGUUAUGAAUCAUCGACUGCAAGAAACUUUUGCAUUUACAGAUAAAAAGUCCUAUACCUCCUACUUGAAGGAUUAUAUGAAAAAAUUGGUAACGAAAUUGGAAAAACAAUCUCCUGAUCAAGUAGAAGUUUUCAAAUUAAACACAAAUAAAGUAAUGAAAGAUAUAUUAAGUCGUUUUAAGGACUUACAAUUUUUCACUGGCGAAUCUAUGGAUAUUGAUGGUAUUGUAGCAUUAUUGGAAUACCGUGAGAUCGAUGGUGAAUCUGUGCCUGUACUCAUGUUGUUUAAACAUGGUCUUGAGGAACAAAAAUUUUAACUAAUUUUAGGUAUUCAACAAAUUAUAAAUCAAGACUGUACACACGCUGAAAAGCUUGUGAAAUUUAGUUAAAAGGAAAACACGAUUUUACUUCCAAUCUCAUUUUAUAAUGCAGUUAAUUUAUUCGUUUAAACAAUCGAUGACAAGAAGCUAAUAAUUGUACGUGUAGCGUAAAUGAAGGGAAGACGAUGUGAUGCACAUUCCCUUCAAUUGACCUGUGUCUGAUUUCGUUUAUAAUAUUAUUUUUUACUUCGAUAUUUUUAUUGGUCACUUAUUAGAGACUUUAAUUUAUGAUUCAAAAAUGGAAGAUGGGGAAAGAAGUUUGCAGCGAUGAAAAUAUCAAAAUAUACGUCUAAUUAUUGUUAAUAUGAAAAAAAGUGUCCAUGGGUAACAAUUAAAUCUGAAACAUACUCUGUAUAAUGUCCACGAAUAAAAAGGUGUUUUCAUAAGUACUGCCUAUGAA